CGAUCAUCAUCACAAUAGAUUUGGGUAUCCGCUUUAUAAGUGACAGCCGACCACUGAUUAGCAUUUAGUUGGUUUCUGUUAGCCGAGAGACCCGGUGCUGCUCUUCAAAACCCAACUUUCAGUCGAACAAACUCGAGCCGAAAUGCGUGCGUUUAUUGUUACGUGCCUCUUGGGCAUGUCGCUGGCCAAGCCGCAAGGAUACAAUUACCAGGCGGGACGCAUACCCGGCUUGGCGGGACUGCAGCAGCAACAGCAGGGUGCAAGCCUGGAUGAGCAACGGCUGCUGCAGCAGGCGCUAGAGGCACCCAAGGUUCAGCAACUACUGAGUACACAGCCGACACAGAGCCAGCAAGUCUUCCAGCAGCCCCUGAUUCUCCAGCAACCACAGCCGCAGCAGCAGCAGCAGCAGCAGAUCUACCAGCAACCUCAGCAGCAACACCAAAUUUUCCAGCAACAGGCCUCAAACUUUGGUUACAAUCAACUGGCGCAACACCAGGCCUACAGCCCAGUCGUCUCCAAGGAUAUCUAUGUGCAUGUACCACCCGCCGAGGAGCCCGAGGAGCGUUAUCCGCAGCCCGUGCUGCCUGUGGGUCCACCUCGAAAGCAUUACCGCAUUGUGUUCAUCAAGGCACCCACACCCAGUGUCAGUAAGGCAGCUGUGCGUGUUCAGCAGGCUCCUGUGGAGGAAAAGACCAUCAUCUAUGUGCUGACAAAGAAACCUGAUCCUCUCGAGCUGCAAACAGCCAUUGAAGAGGCAGCGCCCAAACCCAUAAGCAAACCAGAAGUCUUCUUUAUAAAGUACAAAACGCAGGAGGAAGCGGCGCAUGCGCAACGCACCAUACAAGCUCAAUAUGAUCAGCUGGGCGGCACUACGCAAGUAUCUGAUGAGGGUGUGGCACCGGUAACAUCGGUCAUCGGAUCCUUGGACAAUCAGAGUGGACGUGUCUCAGUUGCUGGAGUCGGAACAGCUGGAACUGGUUCCACGGCCUCCAUAGGGGGUCUGACAGGCACCAUACCCAACAAAUAUUUGCCCGCCCAUUUGCGGACAUAGAAAAUUGACUGAAAUGAAAAGAAUCGUUAUUGUUGUAGUUAACUAAGUAAGAAAUUGUUAUUAUGUAUGUAUAUGUAU